AGAAAAAGGGAAAAAGAAAAGGAAAGGGCAGGAGUGACACCCAAACGCAUAACAACAGCAGCAAAAAGAAAGAAAACAAAAACCCCAACACGCAAAAAGCCAACAAAAACAAACCAGUGGAGAAAAUCUUCUCUCAAAUCUAUCCCUCCGGGAGGGUUUUUGAUGGUGUGGCUAUUGCAGAUCUUUUGAGGAGGGGCAUAUCUGGAUCUAUUAGGGUUUAUUGUUUUUGGUUUUCAUUUUUUCUUUUACUGGCUUUUCUUUGGAAAUGUCGACUCCGUAUCCCAUUCCUGUCACUGCUGCUCAGGUUGGGACGUACUUCGUGGGGCAGUACUAUCAGUUACUACAGCAACAGCCGGAACUUGUUUACCACUUCUACAGCGAUGCCAGCAUUAUGCUUCGUAUCGAUGGCGCCAACAGAGAUAACGCCACUACAAUGCUCCAAAUCCAUGCACUUAUUAUGUCUCUCAACUAUGCUGGAAUUGAAAUAAGGACAGCACAGUCCUUGGAGUCGUGGAAUGGAGGUGUUCUUGUGAUGGUUUAUGGUUCUGUGCAAGUGAAGGAGUUUACUGGAAGGAGGAAAUUUGUUGAAACAUUUUUCCUGGCACCUCAGGAUAAGGGCUAUUUUGUUCUCAAUGAUGUUUUCCACUUCAUUGAUGAGGAACCAAUUCAACACCAUCCAGCUGUCUUACUAUCUCAGAACAAUAUUGAUUCCAAAAUCAAUGUUCCUGCUACUAUUCUAGAGCCAGUUUCAAACUAUUUGUUGGGAGGAGAAAUCCAGAGUAGGGAGUUUGUUGCUCCUGCUGAUCCUAAGGAAAAUGGUCCAGUUGACAACUACAGCUUCCCAGAGCAACGGUUGCAGCAAAUCCCUGAGUCUGAAAUUGUUCAGGAGGAAAAUUCUGUUGACUCAAAUGGUUCACUUCAAAACACAGUGAACACCGUGCAAGACCAGUUGCCUCCUGUUGAGGAAGCUACUGGAGAGCCCCACAAACACACUUAUGCUUCUAUUUUGCGAGUUGCUAAGGGACAAUCUGCACCAUCAGUUGCUCCCCAGUCUUUGAACAAAAAUGCACCACCUGCUUCAGAUUGGAAUCAUGCUCCACAGGUUCAGCAAGCAACUGCAACAUCAAAUUCAUUUGAGAUGUCUGGAGCUGACAUUAUGGAGGAGAUUUCAGCUGCAGAAGAUGCUGAUGAAAUAAAAUCUGUUUAUGUAAAAAACUUGCCAACUACUGUAUCUGAAGCUGAAAUUGAGGAGGAAUUCAAGAAUUUUGGCAAAAUUGCCCCUGAUGGUGUUGUCAUUCGAAGUCGCAAGGAUGUUGGUGUAUGUUAUGCAUUUGUUGAAUUUGAAGAGAUGACUGGUGUUCAUAAUGCAGUCAAGGCGGGCAGUGCAAAUGUUGCCGGGCGGCAGGUAUACAUUGAAGAGCGGAGACCAAAUAGCAACAUCCCAUCCCGUGCAGGAAGAGGAAGGGGUAGAGGCCGGGGUAGCUAUCCAACAGAUGCUCCAAGAGGUCGUUUUGGUGGCAGAAGUUUUGGCAGGGGUGGAAGCUACGACGGAGGUGAUCGAGACUAUAACAGAUCAAGAGGAAAUGGUUACUAUAGGCCAACUCCCCGCCAGGAUAGAGGGUCUAACGGUUACCAAGUAUCAAGAAGUGGACAAAAUCAAUCAGAGCAGACAGUUUAGUUUUCCAAAUAAACGGGGAGAGAUAUAGAGAGAGAACAAAGUUUUGGGUCUAGCCAUUUCAACUAUGCCAUUCACUUUAUUAGUUUCAAGAAAUAUAAUUUAUAUUAUUUAAAGUCAGGUUGACUUAGAUGUGUCAGGCAAUAUGAUUCACGGGCUUUCUUGAUUAAUGAAUGUUCAAAUUUUAUGGGCAAUUUGUUUGCAAUUUUGAGACCAUUUGAUCAUGUAAAGUCUAGCACUUCUAAAGUUAUUGAGUUGGAUGAGAUGGAUUCAUUUCUAUUGAGUGGAACA